AUGGCCAGCACUAUCGCAAUCUCCACAAUCCCUGACGAUGUCAAAGAGAGGCUAAAGAAAUUUCGAUUCGAAAAAAGGGAUGGCACGCAGGCCCUGCUUUUGAAGAUUGACAAGGCCACCCAGCAGUUCUUGGUCGAUACCGAGCUAAACGAUUGCGAUAUUGAGGAGGUUGCCGAGGAGCUGCCAGCUCAACAGCCACGGUUUCUUCUGCUGUCCUACAAACAGGUUCAUGAUGAUGGCCGCAUCUCAAACCCAAUGUGUUUGGUCUUCUACAGCCCAGCUGGGUGUCCUCCCGACAUGCAAAUGUUGUAUGCUGGUAGUCGAAACACGUUGGUCAACGAGUGCGAGUUGACAAAGAAUUUCGACAUUCGCGACGCCGAAGAGCUCACUGAGCAAUAUGUCCACGCAAAAUGCCGU